AUGGAAUCGAUUUUGGAUUUCUCCAAAGAGCUUGACGUUUCGCUCUUUGAUCAAGUCGUUGAUGCAUUCUUCAAAGGGUCAGGUGCAGAUCAGCAAAAGGCCCAAACUAUAUUGAAUCAAUUCCAAGAACAUGAAGAUUCUUGGAAGAGAUCGGAUCAGAUUUUAUCCAACUCGAACAACUCUCAAUCGAAGUACAUUGCCUUGUCCUGUUUAAACAAAUUAAUUCAAUACCGUUGGAAAUCAAUCCCUGAAGACGAGAGAAUCGGGAUCAGAAAUUUCAUUGUGAACAUGAUCAUCUUUUUAUGUGAUAACGACGACAUUUUUGAAAAUCAAAAGGCGUUGAUCAACAAGAUUGAUUUGACCUUGGUGUCUAUUUUGAAGCAGGAGUGGCCUCACAAUUGGCCACAAUUCAUCCCAGAAAUUGUCGCCAGUAGUGAAUCGGGCUACAAUGUCUGUGAAAAUAACAUGAUCAUAUUGAAGUUGUUGAGUGAAGAAGUCUUUGACUACUCACAAGAUCAAUUGACCCAAGCUAAGGCCAAACAAUUGAAACAGUCAAUGAAAUUAGAGUUUGCCGAGAUCUUUAAGUUGUGUUACAAGAUUUUGGACAAAACAAUCAAGCCUUCAUUAAUCAUUUCAACCUUGAACUGUUUGUCCAAGUACAUUCAUUGGAUCCCUAUGAAUUACAUCUUUGAAACUGACUUGUUGAAAUUGCUAACCAACAAAUUUUUAAAUCCUGCUAACACCAGGGCAAUCACCUUAAAGGUUUUGACCGAAGUUGUAUCUUUAAGCUCUACUCCCGAAAAUGAGGAAAAGUUUAUUGUAUGCUUUAAAGAGUCGAUGGAACAAAUUAUCACCUUCAUACCACCAUCCACAGAUUUAAAACAAUUAUACAAGACUGCUAACUCUAACGAUCAAUCUUUCUUGCAGGAUUUAGCAAUGUACUUGUCCUCAUUCUUGUCCAAUCACUUAUUAGCAUUAGAGCAAAACGAACCUCUCCAGCCAUUAUUAUUAAGCUCGUUGAAUUAUCUUAUCGAAUUAUCGAGGAUUGAAGAAAGAGAGCUUUUCAAAACUUGUUUGGAUUAUUGGAGUUUUUUCGUACAAGGAUUGUUUGAAGAAAUACAAAGAUUGCCUCAGACAGAAUUAAGCCCUUUAAUGCAAUUAAGUAGAGGAGGAGGUAAUUUGGCUGCAGGUGGUGCACCAAGUCCCGAGUUGUUGGCAAGAUUUCCAAUCCGUAGUCAUAAAUAUUCAUCCAUCUUAUCCAAGCUUAGAUUAGUGAUCAUCGAAAACAUGGUUAGACCAGAAGAAGUGUUAAUUGUUGAGAAUGAUGAAGGAGAAAUUGUUAGAGAAUUUGUCAAGGAGUCUGAUACAAUUCAAUUAUAUAAAUCUAUGAGAGAAGUGCUUGUUUACUUAACUCAUUUAGAUGUUAUUGACACUGAAGAAAUUAUGAGAGAGAAGUUAGCUAGACAAGUUGAUGAACUGGAAUGGUCAUGGCAAAACAUUAAUACUUUAUGUUGGGCAAUUGGAUCUAUAUCUGGUACCAUGAAUGAAGAUAUGGAAAAAAGAUUUCUUGUUAGUGUUAUCAAGGAAUUGUUGUCUUUGACUGAGAUGAAAAGGGGUAAAGACAACAAGGCCGUCGUUGCAUCUAAUAUAAUGUACAUUGUUGGCCAAUACCCAAGAUUCUUAAAGGCUCACUGGAAAUUCUUAAAAACUGUUGUAAAUAAGUUAUUCGAAUUUAUGCAUGAGACUCACGAAGGGGUUCAAGAUAUGGCUUGUGAUACAUUUAUCAAGAUUACUACAAAAUGUAAAAGACAUUUUGUUGCCAUUCAACCGCAAGAACUGGAACCUUUUGUAAUUGACAUCAUUAGAAACAUUCAGUUAAUUACUGAAGACUUACAGCCCCAACAAGUGCAUACAUUUUAUGAAGCAUGCGGUAUAAUUGUCAGCGCACAACAAAAUAAAGAACAACGAGACAAGUUAUUAAGUGAAUUGAUGAGUUUGCCUAACACUGCAUGGAAACAAAUUAUUGAACAAGCGAGCCAAGAUCCUGAAUUAUUGGUGAACACUGAUACAGUUAAGAUUAUCGCCAAUAUUAUCAAAACUAAUGUAUCUGUUUGUAAGGCAUUAGGACCUGGGUUUUACAGCCAAUUGGGUCUCUUAUACGUUGAUAUGCUUUCCUUAUAUAAGGCAGUCCUGACAAUGAUUUCGGAUUCGGUGGCGAAGGAUGGUAUCAUUGCAACCAAGACUCCCAAGGUUAGGGGUUUAAGAACGAUCAAGAAGGAAAUUUUAAAAAUGAUUGAAACUUAUAUUCAACAAGCUGACAAUUUGGAAGAAAUUGUUAGAGAUAUCACUCAACCAUUAUUCGGAGCUGUUUUAGAAGAUUAUAGAACUAAUGUAGCUGAUGCAAGAGAUGCUGAAGUAUUGAAUUGUAUGACCACAUUGAUUAGUAAAGUUGGCCAUUUGAUCCCAGAAGGUGUUGUGUUGAUCUUGCAAAAUGUAUUUGAAUGUACAUUAGAUAUGAUCAAGCAAGAUUUUGUUGAAUACCCUGAACACAGAGUUGAAUUUUAUAAAUUACUAAAGGAAAUUAACUCCAAAUCCUUCCAAGCAUUAUUACAGUUACUGGGAGAUGCAUUCCAAUUACUCAUCAACGCAGCAUUAUGGGCUUUUAAGCACAAUAACCGUGAAGUUGAAGAUAAUGGGUUGGCAUUAACUUUACAUUUGAUUGAAAAUGUUGAAAAAUUAGGUAGUACACCAUUUACAAAAGCAUUCUACCAGAAUUUCUAUUUUCUAAUCUUGGAAGAAACUUUCUAUGUCUUCACACAACCCGAUCAUAAGGCAGGUUUCAGAUAUCAAUCUCAGUUGUUGGCUCAAUUGAUCCAUUUAGUAGAAGAUAAUGUUAUCGAUGAACCUUUAUACACAGCAGAACAAGCUCCUCAAGGAACCAGCAAUGGAGAUUACCUCAAGCAAUAUUUGGGUAAUUUAUUGUCGUCAGUUUUCAAGAAUUUACGACAAGAACAAUUGGUUACAUUUUUGAAUGUAUUAACCACCAAUUACAGCGACUUGGAUAAGUUCAAGGCCACUUUAAGAGAUUUCCUUGUUCAAAUUAAAGAAUUUGGAGGAGACCCAACUGACUAUUUGUUUGCUGAAGACAAGGAGAUUGAGAAGAAGGAACACGAAAGAAAGCAAAGAGAAAAAGAUAUGAGGGUUGGAGGGUUGAUCAAGCCUGCCGAGAUGGAUGACGAAUAA